GUUCCUUCGGUAACGAGUAAUCAAUAAUCCCCGUAUAUAUAUUCCGGAAAAAAUAACCAAAGGCGAAACUACAAAAAACAAAUAAAAUUUCGAGUUUUUUUGUCUCUCUUAUAUUGAUAUUGAUUUUUCUUCUUCUCAGUUAUUGUCUAGUUGUCUUCACUGGUUAAAGUUCCGGCAACCGUUACGGUGGCGGAUAUUUUUCUGUUCAUAUUUCCGAUUACUUCACAGGAUUAAAAUGUUUCUCUUUGAUUGGUUCUAUGGAAUUUUGGCUUCACUUGGUCUUUGGCAAAAGGAGGCGAAAAUUUUAUUUUUAGGGUUAGAUAAUGCUGGAAAAACCACUUUGCUUCACAUGCUCAAAGACGAGAGAUUAGUUCAGCAUCAACCAACUCAACAUCCAACGUCAGAGGAAUUGAGUAUUGGAAAGAUAAAGUUUAAAGCUUUUGAUUUGGGUGGUCACCAGAUUGCACGCAGGGUUUGGUCUGAUUAUUAUUCUCAGGUGGAUGCUGUAGUUUACCUGGUUGACGCAUACGACAAGGAAAGGUUUACGGAAUCAAAGAAUGAACUGAAUGCUCUUCUUUCUGAUGGGUCGUUAGCAAAUGUACCUUUCCUUAUCUUAGGAAACAAGAUUGACAUUCCUUAUGCUGCUUCAGAGGACGAGUUGCGCUAUCAUUUGGGCCUGACUAACUUCACUACCGGCAAGGGCAAGGUUAAUCUUUCCGACUCGAAUGUUCGUCCUUUGGAAGUGUUCAUGUGUAGUAUUGUCCGCAAGAUGGGAUAUGGUGAAGGCUUUAAGUGGCUUUCUCAGUAUAUUUAAUAGGGAAUGAAGUCAAUUAGACAAUAAGUGUGAUGCAGUCUCAACAUUGGCAUCGUAGUUUUACACUUCUUUGCUCAUGUAAAUUGGAUUAUAAUACUUAUAAAUGGGAGUGUUACUUUUUCUUACUUAUGAAACAUGAAUGUAGGAGUUGAAAAUCUUGUUUUAUAGUUUUUCCGGUUAUUGAAAUUGCAGAAUUUAUAAUAGUGGCUUGAAUGUUUGAAA